GCAAAAUGGCCGCUGAAUUUGAAACAGCGUUGGCGUAUGCCAAAGACAAUAUUGACAUCAGUUUUAAAUUAAAGGACAAGCAAGAAGAAACUUUAAAAACAGUGUUCGCAGGACGUGACUGCAUAGCUGUGUUGCCAACAGGAUAUGGGAAAAGUCUCAUUUUUCAACUUUUGCCUUUUCUUCUCCAGAGAGAUCGGCCAGCUCCAGGAAUUGUCAUCGUCGUCAGCCCCCUGAAUUCACUCAUGCAGGACCAAGUCAUCUCACUCUGUGAGAAAGGAGUCAAAGCCUGUUUUCUGAACUGUCAAGUGCAUAGAAGUGAUGCCGUACGUACGUAUAAACGUACUUCAGACGAGCAAAAGAGGACCCUGUCGGACAUCAUUGCCAAAAAGAGGAAGCAGGAUGUUAGCUCUGAGCCGACGCCGAUUGUAACUGAAACGUCUAAGCCCGAGACUUCCCCCGAGAAAGAUGAAAUGGAUAUUGGUCGUCGUUUUGUUCUCAAUUUCACUUUUCAUUAA